AUGCAGCCCCACUCCCUCCUCUUGUUCGUCACCCUCGUUAUCUUGACAGUCCACCCAGGCCUCAUUGAGCUUGUGGUUGGGAGCAAGUGUGUGUCGAACAGGGCGAGCAAUGGUGCACUGCACAAGCGAGGCUCCUGUUUCUCGUCCAAGCGCAUGAAAUCUUCCGAUGCUUCCGAUGUCGGCAUCGCGGGAGGGAAUGAUGCGCAUGCUAGGCGAGUUCUCAGUCGGUCCCGUUCUUCCUCAAAACGAAACACCCUCUGUGAUCUCGAGCACCGGAGCUACAGACACGCCUCAGACCAUUACCCCCAGAACUUCUCUCCUCAGUUCCUCGCAAGGAUCUCGCCACAGGUCAAGUUCCACUGA